GGCCGAGGUAAGCAGGUAGUCUGCGCCUUGUUUGGGAGGACUGAAUGCGUGACUCGUGGGAGGGGACGUUUGCCUGCGACCGAGCCGCUGAGGAAAAGAAACCUCGCCGGGAAAGACAGACGGAAGAGGGACUCUCGCCAUUCCCGGGAUAUUUUUGCCUGUCGCUUCCCGUGAAGCGAGCUUCCAAGUUGCUCCCGGGGCGGGAAAGCGUCGUCUUGAAAAGCAGAGUGGGUGAAGUUGGGCUGCGUGAGAAAGAAAAGCGCCUUUUGGUUCCACUCGGUGCUUGUGGGAGGACAGCGGGCGAAAGGUGUGGUGGUGAAUGUGGCGGCAGGGCAGGAUCUGCGGUGUUGGUUGUGGCUCGUAAAGAAGCAAACGUCUGGGAUUUCCCAGCGCUUUCCUCCUGAAUCUGCUUACUUAGAAAUAAGUCCCAUUGAAAUCGGAGAGAAUUGCUCCCAGGGGAAAGGCCCACAAAUGUCUUCAAGGAAUGCAUCAUCAGAGCGCCGACCAGGGCAGCAUGGUCGAUCAGUCCAUUAUGAUGAAGUGAAUGUUGAUUCCCUUUCUCAAGAGGAUGCUGAAAGGGAUUUUCAAGAUGCUGGACAGAUAGUUAAUACAGAUCCCUUACCACCACCACCUCUUCCACUGCAACCACCCUUUGGCCCUGAAUUUUAUCCCAGUGACAGUGAGGAACAAGCUGGAGUCUCUGAUCUUAAGCCAGUGAGAAAAUUCAUUCCAGACUCAUGGAAAAACUUCUUCAAAGGGAAAAGAGAUGACCCUGAAUGGAUUAAGCCAGUAACUACAAUUUCUGGUGGAGUUGAAUGUUCUCCACCAUCAUCUCCAACACUUACUCCAGUGAGGCCAAACAAUACUUCAGCUCCAAGCUCUUAUCAGGAUCCUUAUGGAGGAUCAGGGGGAACCUACAAUUCACGCAAAGAAGUUGAAGCUAUGCUUCCAUCAGAUCCCUAUGGGUCCUUGGGAAGGCAUACUCAAACAGUUCAAACUUACAGUGAGAAAGUAGAAGCCUUUAAUCUGAGAUACUCUUAUAUGAAAUCUUGGGCAGGGCUGCUCAGGAUACUGGGAGUUGUUGAACUGCUGUUGGGUGCAGCUGUGUUUGCCUGUGUCACAGCUUAUAUUCACAAGGACAAUGAAUGGUACAACAGGUAUGGCUACUUGCAGCCAUACGGUUAUGGGGCAAGCAGCAUGUAUGGUGGUUAUUCUUACAAUGGGCCUAAAACCCCCUUUGUUCUUGUUGUAGCAGCACUUGUUUGGAUAGUGACUAUUAUACUUCUAGCACUUGGCAUGUCCAUGUAUUACAGGACUAUUCUUCUAGAUUCCCACUGGUGGCCUUUAACUGAAUUUGGAAUCAAUGUUGCUUUGUUUAUUUUGUAUAUGUCAGCUGCUAUAGUCUAUGUAAAUGAUGCUAACAAAGGAGGACUUUGCUACUACUCAGUGUUUAAUACGCCAAUGAAUGCAUCAUUUUGCCGUAUAGAAGGGGGACAAACAGCUGGAAUUAUCUUCUUGUUUGUAACAAUGAUAAUAUAUCUUAUUGGUGCAAUAGUUUGCUUAAAACUAUGGAGGCAUGAAAGUGCACGGAAAUAUAGAGAAUUUAUGGAACAAGAGAUGAAGACUCAAUCUUUUGCACCAAAAAGGAUGUAUGAAGAUGAAGAAAACAGUCCCAAAGUAGCAACCAACUCAAAGAAAUUGAAGUCUGUGGAACUGGAACCUGAACUACUCAAUGGCCAUAUACCUGCAGGACAUAUUCCUAAGCCUAUAGUGAUGCCAGACUACUUAGCAAAAUACCCAGCAAUUCGGACAAAUGAGGAAAGAGACCGCUAUAAAGCUGUGUUUAAUGAUCAGUUUUCUGAAUAUAAAGAGCUCUCUGCUGAGGUUCAGGCAGUCUUAAAGAAGUUUGAUGAGCUAGAUGCGCUGAUGAGGAAACUACCGCAACAUCCUGGAAACACUCUUGAACAUGACAGAAUUGCAAAUGUUUUGCAACAGUAUAGAAAGAAGAAGACGGAUCCCACAUUUCUUGAGAAAAAAGAACGUUGUGAAUACUUAAAGAACAAACUUUCUCACAUAAAACAAAGAAUACAAGAAUAUGACAAAGUUAUGAAUUGGAAUGCUUAGGGUGACUCCAACUUUAUCUGCAAGGUUUUUGUUCAGUGCUUUUUAUAUUUAUUUAUUGCCAUUACUGUAUAAACAUUCUGCUGUGAAAUGAAUUCUCAAAUCCUUGUUAGCUACUAUUUAAAUCUUGUACAUUUUUGAAAAACUUUUACAUACUAAGCUGGCUUGUGUAUAAUGCUAAACCAUUGUGAGAAACCUUUGGUCCUCUAGAUGUUGCUAAACUACAACUUCCAUCAGCCCCAGCCAGCAUAGUCAGUGGUCAGGACUGAUAGGAGUUGUAGUCCAGUAACAUCUGGAGAGGCCAAAGGUUCAACAUCCCUGUUUACUGCUACAUGCACGAGCUGGAACAAGCUCAAAGCUUUGGGACUGUGUGCUCAUCUCCUUGUCUCAUGCAGCUGUGAUAAAUACUUCACUAGGACAUUGAGUUUCGAGAUAAUCAUAGAAUAGUAGAGUUGUAAAGGAUAUAUGAAGCCAUUGAGUCCAACCCCCUAUUCAGUACAGGAAUACAGCUUAAAGCAUACCUGACAGGUGGCUGUCCAGCUGUCUCUUGAAUGCUCCCAGUGUUGGAGAGCCCACUACCUCCCUAGGCAAUUGGUUCCAUUGUUGUACUGCUCUAACAGGACAUUUUUCCUGAUGUUCAGCUGAAACCUGGUUUCCUGUAACUUGAGCCCAUUAUUCCAUGUCCUGCACUCUAGUAUGAUGAAGCAGAGAUCCUAGCCCUCUAUAUGACAACCUUUCAAGUACUUAAAGAGUGUUAUCAUAUCUCCCCUCAGUCUUCUCUUCUCAAGGCUAAACAUGCCCAGUUUUUUCAGUCUCUCCUCAUGGGGCUUUGUUUCCAGUCCCCUGAUCAUCCUUGUUGCUUUCCUCUGAACCUGUUCUAGUUUGUCUGCAUCUUUCUUAAAGUGUGGUGUCCAGAACUGGACACAGUAGUCAAGAUGAGGCCUAACCAGUGUCAAAUAAAGGGGAACCAAUAUUCAAACGAUUUGGAAACUUUGCUUCUGUUAAUGCAGCCUAACAUAGCAUUUGCCUUUUGCAGUCACAUCACACCGUUGGUUGACAUUCAGCUUAUGAUCAACAACAAUCCCAAGAUCCUUCUCGCGUAUAGUAUUGCUGAGUCAAGUAUCCCACAUCUUAUAACUAUGCAUUUGGUUUCUUUUUCCCAGGUGUAGAACUUUGAAAUUUAACAGGAAUAAGUGCAUUCCGUUGUUUUCAGACCGAUGUUCCAGCCUGUCAAGAUCACUUUGAGUUUUGUUUCUGUCCUCAGGGUAUUAGUAAUCUUGGCAUGUCCUUCAGAACCAGAAGACUGUAGUUUAAAAUGAACUCAGACCAGUUUCAAAACAAGUCAAUUUCAAACCAUUUAGAAGCUGGCUUUUUUAACCAGGAUUUUAAAGCACAAUUUCUGAUUUGUAUUAGCAGCAAGCCAGGAUUAAUUGAAACUGAAAGUAAAUGCUAGCAAAUUCCCAAGGCUUUUCUUGGGCUUCUUCUUGUUUGUACCCUUAUUGCUAAAUCAUGGUUUAGCAUUAUGUUUGAACCAGGGCACUAUCUUGAACAUAAUUUAAGGUUUUUUAGCUGUUUUCACUUCAUUUAUGUAAUUUUAUGAUCCUGAUAUUUGAUCAUAUAUAGACACAAUCUAAUUUGUUUGUUCUUUUGCUGCUGGAGUUUUUUAAAAAUUCUAUUCUUUUGAAUAUUGAUUUCUUGUAAAUGUGAAUGUGCUGUGUCUCCAAGUAUGAUUAUCAUAAUUGGGUUCAUGUAAUAGCUCUUCCAUUUCAGUCUGGUGUCAGGCCUGGUUACGGGACAGAAACAGCUUUGGUCGCCUUGGUGGAUGACCUUCGCAGAGAGCUGGACAGGGGGAGUGUGUCCCUGUUAGUUCUACUGGACCUCUCAGUGGCUUUUGAUACCGUUGACCAUGGUAUCCUUCUGGACCGCCUUGCUAGGAUGGGACUUGGGGGCACCGUGUUACGAUGGCUCCAUUCCUUUCUGGAGGGACGAACUCAGAAGGUGGUGCUGGGGGACUCCUGUUCGACUCCUUGGCCGUUGACCUAUGGGGUCCCUCAAGGUUGUUUUGUCCCCCAUUUAUUUAACAUCUAUCUGAAACCACUGGGAGAGGUUGUCCGGGGGUUUGGGGUUCGGUGCCAUCAGUAUGCGGAUGACACCCAACUCUGUUUCUCCUUUCCACCUAAAGCCAAGGAAGCUGUCCUGGUCCUGAACCAGUGCCUGGCAUCAGUGAUGGACUGGAUGAGGACGAACAAAUUGAAACGAAAUCCAGACAAGACAGAGGUGCUCCUGGUCAGUUGAAGGGCAGAUCAGGGAAUAGGGAUUCAGCCUGUGUUGGAUGGGGUUACACUCCCCCUGAAGACACAGGUUCGGACAUUGGGUGUGCUCCUGGACUCAGCUCUGAACUUGGAGGCCCAGGUCUCGGCCGUGACCAGGAGUGCCUUUGCCCAGUUAAGACUAGUGCGCCAGCUGAGCCCGUUCCUGGAAAUGCCUGAUUUGACUAUGGUGAUGCAUGCCUUAGUUACAUCCUGUUUAGACUACUGUAACAUGCUCUACGUGGGGCUGCCUUUGAAGACUGUUCGGAAACUUAAACUGGUACAAAGAGCUGCAGCCAGAGUAUUAACAGGGGCUGGUAACAGGGACCAUACAACUCCCUUGUUACAACAGCUCCACUGGCUGCCAGUUUGUUUCUGGUCACAAUUCAGAGUGCUGGUUUUGACCUUUAAAGCCCUAUAUGGCCCAGGUCCAGGCUAUUUGUCAGACCGUAUCUCCCUAUACGAGCCUGCCCGGGCCCUGAGAUCUUCAGGAGAGGCCCUUUUCUCAGUCCCAACACCCUCACAAGUGCGGUUGGUGGGGAUGCAAGAUAGGGCCUUCUUGGUGGCUGCUCCCAAGUUCUGGAACUCGCUUCCUAGGGAGGCACGAAUGGCCCCCUCCUUGCCAUCCUUCCGUUGGCAAGUAAAGACUUUUUUAUUCCGACAGGCUUUUGGGAUAGAAUGUGUUUAGGAUUGGGCUUUACAAGGCUUGGUUUAUUGUUUUAUAUUAUUAUUUGUAUUAUUUUAAAUUGUUUUUAGAUUUUUAAGUGCCUUUUACGGUUUUAAGGUUGUGCAUAGUUUAAUUGUAUUUUAAUUGUAUGUUUUUCUAUGUUUUUAACUACAUGUAGUUCUAUUUGUAAGCCGCCCUGAAUUCCAGUUUGGAAAAAGGGCGGGGUAAAAAUAAAGUUUCAAUUCAAGUUUCAAUAAAAGUAUCAGCCCAGGCACUCCUCCAGAGAUACACACAAAUGUUGAUGCACUCCCUGCUUGCUGGUGCAUGUACUUGAUAGUCAUAUCAUGGGUGUUUGUGGGGUGGGGGCAACCAGGGCAUUCCCCUUCCCCCAGAGUUCUAAAUAUAAUGGUGGGUGGAGUGGGUUGCCAGUCACCUGUAGUAACAAUUCAUUGACCUUGCUCCCCUUCCCCCAAAAUAUUUUUGCGUACACUCUUGAUAACUAUCCAUGCCUAACUGCCAAACACAUUAUCAGCAUAUUAUGUUGGUACGGUUGAUUGCCUCUUUGAAAAAAUGGAGAGUCAGUUCUUACCACCACCCAAACCAGGUGAGCAAUGCUAUAUGGUUUCCAGUGAAGUGUUAGAAACUCUGUGUUCAGCACCAAGUGCUAAAUAAAGAGAUUUCCACUCUUUGGAACCUCAUGCUGAGUACUAAUUUGCAUGAAGGGAUUUGGGAAUGGAAACAUGCUGUGGCCCAUACAUCUCCUUGCCUUGUUUCAAGCUUGAGUAAGUGCCCCUCCUUGCCCAGCUUUUUUUGUUAUUGUUCUGACCCCUGUAUCAGUUUCACAAACCAGUAAAUAUUUUUUUUCCUAUAUAAAAGUUCUAUUUUUUAAAUAUCUUGUUCAUCAACUUUCUGUAACUCUGCAUAUUCAGAUUAAUAUCUGAAUACUUGAAAAAAUUCAGGCAGGCAGUCAAGGUCCUAGGUCUUGUACCUACCAACUUCUACCUAGCAGUGAAAUGAUCAAGGUGUAUUAGUGAAGGUGUUGACAGAUCAAGCUACAUCUAAUUGUGCUACAUCCUUCAAAAAUGUCUGAAUGAUGCAAAUGUAAUGUUUAAAUUUAGAAAAUACUGUUCCUCUCUUGCUUGGCAUCAUUUGUUAGGGACAACUCUCAAGUUCUCUCAGUCUAGCAAAGAAACAGAUUUUAUGGUAAUGACUGCACUUCUGGAUCUGAUUCAGAAUAUAUAAAAGGAGGAAGCUGAAGAAAGGGAUCAGUAUAUUGCCUAAAAACCAAAGGUGUUAAAGUAAAUAAUGUUAUUUGAAAAAGCACUCCAAUUUCACGUCAUGCCUAACAUGUUUUGAGUGUAGCAUAAUCUUUGUCAGACAGUAGCCACUUCGUGUUCCUUAUGUUUUGAAAUGAAGUGACUACUGUCUGAUGAAAAGUAGGUUUAUAAUCAGAUGAGCUAGGUGUGACAUGAAAUUGGAGUAACACUGCCAAUAAAGCUAUUUUUAUUAGCACCUUUGAGGUUCAUUUCUUGUUUUUGUUGUUGUUUUAAUUGGUGCUGACUUCCUUUUCCUGCUGACAUAUAUCAUCACCGAAUGUUUACCACUGAACUGCUGACAGCACUAAUAAUCUCAGGUGGGAAAGGGGGUUAAUUUAAAUCUUUUAUUGUCUACUGAGUUACUUACUGUCCACUGUUAACAGCAGAUCCAUGUGCUGCAGAAUGUUUCAGUGCAUGGACUGCUGUUUCUGGAGAAGGGUGACUAUUUUUAAACAGAAACUACCUGUUCCCACCAGAACAGGAGGGAGGAAUCCUAUUUGUGAACUGUAUGUGUCUGUCCACAUUGCGCCUUAUGAUAAACAUUAGCAUUUAUACUCUAUCUUGUCCUGAUCUUUAAAGAAACUUUCUAGCUUUUUACAAUCAACUUUUUAUCUUUUGUACUGAUUUUAAAAAAUAUUUUUCUAAUAAAGUGAGAUGCACUGGAA